CUACUUAUUUCCUGCACGUAAAAAACAACAGUGUGUGUGUCUGAGUCUGGGCAAAAUGUUGACAUUACAUUACAGCACAGCAGAUGUAAACCAAAACAGGUUUGACGUAUGAUGACUGACUUGAAAGGUUUUUCUCCUAGAAAAAGCCUGUGUUUACGUGGUUUAGACUAAUAAAAGAAACAGAGUGUGUAAAAUUAUCCUUAAAUAUCCGGGUUGUUUACUGUUAAGAACAAAGUAAAAAGGAGGAUCACGGGUUCUCAAGAUAAAAGUGCGAUGGACUUGAACGUCUGUAUAAUGUAUUCGCAAAAAAGGAAGGAUUAAGUCAGGCAAAAAAUACCAAAAAAUAGUGCCAAAAAAGCUACUGAGAGAGGAUGAUGAGCCAGUUCACAGUUCAAAUAAUGUAGAGAGCGUACAUAAUGGUAACAAUUCCUCAAAUUGCAUAAACACUUAUAUUUUUUAACACAAUCGCAAUUGUGUGAUCGAACUUUAAGCAUGCACUGCAUACAAGUUGCUCUACAUUCGCAGCACAUUGCAAAAGUUAUUAGGGACUUUUUUUACUCCACAAAGUUUGUUUUAACCAACAUUAGUCACCCGAUUGAAGUUCUAUUUUUAUUUAAAGUCAACAAUUAAAUACUUUAAUGUUUUGUCAAUCUUUUUUAAAUGGUAGGUUUAUGUAGCAUUGUACAUUCGUAAUUGAAAAUGUUGUUAAAAAGUAUAUAAUAGCAAUCCAAACUUAAAUCAAGCUGUCCAUCAAAUUACACGGUCUCCUUUCCAUAUUUUACGGACUUUUGAUGUGAUAUAUGAUCACUGAAAUGACCUGUGUUAUUAUUCUAUAAGUUUAGUGAUCCUCGUCAUUCGUCAUUCAAUUCAUGUGAUGUUAGAGGUGACGUGAAUGUCCAAUAAGUGGUUUAGGUUAGUUUUUUGUUUCAUAAUAGAGGAUCACGGCACGGUGGAUUUUGCUGUGCUUUUAUGAGUGACUCAUCCAGUAUUCAUUAUCGAAAAUUCCUCUUCUGGAAGUACUUUCUACUUGUGAUGAUGAGAAAACUUGGAGCAAUGGAUAUUUUUGGUGAAGCCAAUUAAAGCGAUUGCCUUUAUUUGUGAGAUUUAGUCCAUCCAUAUUGCAUCCUACUGUGACAUUUAUACUUGCGAGAUGUCGGAUAAAAAGGGAAAAAUCACUCUUGCCGGAUUGACCAAAUCCGGCAACUCCUCGUCAAACGCUUUCAUGUCUUCAUUUAGAUUCAGCCCAGAAAGUGAAAACAUUGAGGAAAUAAAGGCACCCAUUGAAAAUCGAAAUGCCGAACAGAGUUCCACACCCCCCUCACCAAAGCCAAACUCUGGUGAUGUAUCCCCUUUAAAAGAAUACUUACUCAAAGAAAAGCACAAGUGGACGAACAAAUGGGACAAGAAAUCGCUCUCUUUAGACCUCGAUCUUAAAGGAAAAUUUAAAACAGCUCUUGAAGAUAAAACUAAAUCCAUCCUAUCCAACUUUAUACCAGAAGAGACCGGAGUUAUCCACACUUCUCAGUCAAUUCCUGAAAACCUUACCAGAGUUUACAGCUCAUUCCUAACGUCGCCCUCGGACGACAAUUCCUCCUCUAGUGGUUCAGCCAAGGGCACGAAAAAUAACGACUCUAAUGGUUCACAGGAAACGCUAGACGGGGAUAUUUCCUCUGACAUUUUUAAAACUGCUUUGGGCGAUGAUAGCCAUAUGUAUGUUGAAGAAAUCGGAGUGGACAUGACAGAUCCCAAUAAUUUCGAGUUUGGUUUGACCGAUGGAGAGACAAUUAUUGAUAGAAUGAUUACGUUCAACAUUCCUGGAGAAGAUCUUCAAGAGUAUUUUGACGGCCAGCCAACUCUAUAUCAGCCGAUCGCUCUAAUAUCUGGGAUCAGAAUCACCCCCCUUGAUCUCGUCGGAGAAGAGUCAGAGUUACUCGCUCAAAGAAGCCAAGUCCCAAGUGUGGUCCAAUUUACUCCACGCACCAUCCGACCCCGUGAUGUUCGACUGUCCACCGUUAUCAUUAACAUACUUUCUUCCGUCGUCUACCACCCACUCACGAAAUAUUGGGUGGCACUCCUCGCAGCCAACUUUCUCCUUCCCCUCGGCCCACUUGCCCCCUUCAUGUGGUUUCUACUGGGGGGCUUAACCGUCAUUGUGAUGAUUAGAGGGUUGUCCGACCCGCCACAGGAAGAAAAUUACGAAAACAAUUUGACAUCAACCCAAGUACAACAACAACAGCAGCAGCAACAAACAAGGAACAACGCAGGAACGUCGCUUACUUUGUACAAUCCAAUUGGUGUACCGCAGUACAACAGAGAGUUGAAAUUUCCUACAAAAUCUCAGGGCUGGAUGACUCAAUUGUUGGAGAAUUAUAAUCCAGAAACUUGCCAUUUUAAAAUGACAAAAGUCGUCUUUGUCAAGUUAGACGGUCCUCGACUAUACUUACAAUAUCCAAAUGCAAAACAUCGAAUUCCAAAACGACGUCUCUGGAAUGAUCCUGUCCUAACUUCGUUACAUACUUUUGACAAGGUGAAAGCGUACAAUCUUACGAAUGCAAAGAUAACUAUCGUUCCUGAAGGAUUGUCUCGCAAUCGGGUGUGGAACAAAAAGUACCCCAUAUGCAUAACUCUGGCAAACCACUCGAUAAGCAGUGAUUACACCCCGUCGGAAGGACAGUCUAUGGAAGAUUUCCAGAAAAGAGACACCACUGUGAAUUAUAAUGCUGGAACUGCAGACGUUAUCGUAAAUAGCGAUCGUCCAAAAUCUACAGAAAAAGAGAUUAAGCGACAAGACGCUAGUUUCGAAACGGUGUACUUGUUUGCAAGAUGUGAUCGUGAAAAGGAUGACUGGUUUCGUCGAUUUGUCGCAGCCACAAAAAUUGGAACUGAAGCUAGUUACUACUUGCCAGCCCCACCUGACCCAAUAUCUGAAUAUCGAGAUUACAUGAGGCGAAUUUGUCCAUCCUUAAUUCCACACAAUAUAUCUGAUGGGUUUGACAAUGUCUCCCUUCCUGGUGACAUCUCCGAGUCCAGAAAACCAAACAAUGAGAAGAAUAGUCCAAGUUCCUCUAAAAAGACGACGCCAGAAAAAGACUUGCAUAACUCACAAGGGGCUUCUAUUCAGAGCGAUUUAGAAAAUAUUUUAACAGUUCCUCAAAGUCCACAAUUCCUAAAUGCCCUCCUCGGCAGACUGUUCUUUGACUUUUUAAAGUCCUCCCACUGGAAAGGAGAAGUUCAAAAGUUGAUUGACAAGAAAUUAUUUUACAUGAAAAAGCCCGUAUUCAUUGAAGGGAUUCAUGUCAAGGAGCUAACAUUAGGAAAUUCUAUACCAGUGAUAUUAAGAGCGUCUCCACCUGUAAUAGACCAUCAAGGAUUAUGGAUUGAUUUAGACUUAAACUACGAGAGCAACUUUUGCGUAUCUCUUGAAACCCAUGUCAAUUUUCUCAAAAUGGUUACGAAACGCGGAACUGCUACCACUGAACCGGAAACCGUCCCAGCACCACCAGCAGCAACAACAACGACGACGAAUCGUACUUCCGCUGAGUCUGGGAAUGCCAAUAGUCGUAAUUCCAGAAAGAGUGAUGGUCCACCCUUUGUUUACAAUAAUGGUGCCGGCAGUAGUGGUGGGAGUAUCGGAAUUGCGGCUGGUGGUAGUGCUCGCGAUAGCUCGUCUCCAACGACCGACCGGGCUGACCGUACUUCGAUCCGAUCUCAUAUCUACGACAGCGAUGCCGACGACAGUGGAGAAAGUUCAGAGGAUGAGCAUGAUUCAGAGUUGAACAACUUGAUAACAAUUAAUCCGAACCCCGAGGAUCCCACAGGGCAGUCAAAGAGCUCAAAGUUCCUAGAAAAAUUGGCAAACUCAUCCCUCAUGAAUAGAGGUUUAGUCAAGAAAAUUGUCAACAAUGUUGCUGCAACGCCACUAGUUUUGGCUGUGGAAUUAAAGGGCUUCUUUGGUACUUUGACCGUAAAUCUUCCUGGGCCACCGAACGAUCGAGUAUGGCUAGGUUUUAGAACAAAUCCGGAUUUACAAUUAGUCGCGAAACCUUUAAAAUUUGGUGAUACACAUAUUAACAUAUCUCAAGUUACUACAUGGAUUAAGGCAAAGAUACUACUCGAAUUUCAGCGAGCAGUUGUUUGUCCGAACAUGGUGGAUGUAACUAUCCCUCUCAUGGAAUUCGGCAUUCCUCGAUAGGAAAAUGGUGCUCAUUCUUUGUCAACUUGACUUGUGUAGUUCAAGGAUAAGCGAAUAAGGGUUCUUAAUUCUCUCCUCUCUGGAAAAUGAGAUGUCCGUUACCUUUAGUUCUUGUCAGUCUUUCAUCAUAAUAAGGACGUGCCCUGUAAUGUCUUUUGUGCUAAUGUAUUCCAUUUUAACUUCUCUUAUUCUCUUGUGAUCGAACAAACAUUCAGAAUUACAGACAAUUUUGUGUUAAAAGUGCUUAUACAGAAUAUACAUGUGAUACAGAAAAUGUCUGUUGCUUACUACGUACUUAUGUAAUACUUUGCAGCUUUUCUAUGUACGCAGUUUCUUGAAACAUUUCUUCCUCUUUAAUCUGUCUGUCUACAUACUUAAAAAUAUGUUACUGCUCUGCUGGUGACGAUUCCGUACUGAUUCACUGUCUGUGACAUUUCUAUUUUUGUACAUAUCUGUGAUAAAUGGUCUAUAUUAUUCUAAUUCUGUCAGGGUUUCAUAUUACAUUAUGGACUGUUUUGAUGUGUUUCCAUAUUUUGUACAAUUUUUCACGCAUGACAAUUUUAAUUUGCAACUAAAACCAAAUGAGAACAUGGUGCUAUUUGUUCAAUAUAUUUUAACAAGUGUAAAUUAUCUUUUAAUGCGCUCAAUAAGAAGUAGUGUAAGUAACAUGCAAGUGCUUCGGUAAUUGCCAAUUUGUGAACUUACUUGAUUUUAUACAUAUUUUAAAUUAGCUCAAACUAAAUACUUGAUAAUCCUGGCACUGAAAUGUUUUUAGAAAUUUUACAUGAUGAUUAGUUGAUGUUCCUACUGGUUUUCCCAAACCGUCCUCUUUUAGGUGGUCAAAAUUUUUUAUAGUGUUCGUGUUAAAAUUAAUGAUUGUACUGAAUGUUUGUAACCUUCUGGAUCGUAUCGUAAGUUAGUAAAAUCGUAAAUCGCCAAAUAAAAAUCGCUCGCAUAAUUCUGAAACAUUGAAUAAAUAAAAUGUUCGUUUUUCGUAAA